CCUCUGUAUACACAUCCUUCAGCCCAUCUAUAUUUCUCAGUCAUAUUUGCGUCACUAUUAGCCGUCAGAAUGGACUUUCUGUGAUCAACGUGGAACCGUAUCUCCGCAAGAUCCCCAUGAUUGCAUGCGCUCAAGGAGCAGGAACUUCAUAAAGUUCCUCAUUCAGCCCCAAGCACAAUAUAUCUAAACGCAACAGGGCCAGACUCUUUCCUGGAGAGUCAUCCAUAGCCUCAACAUCUCCAGAGUUGAGACCCCACCCCAAUGGAACCCAGCCUAGUCUGUCCGUCCAACAUGAAUACCCCCUUCCCCCUCGACCCCAACGCCCUAUACAUCCUCCUCCUCGACCGCGGCGACAGCUACCUUUUCCACUGGGCCCUCUACCUCGCCAAGUCCGCCUCUUCGGGGAUCAUGUACCACCUCAUCAACCCGGACACGACGGACCCGACGACCUGGAAGUACGAGAUCCAGGGGAUAUCCGACGGGUCAUAUUUCAGCCGCGUCCUGCUAGCCUUGAAGCUGGGGACGUUGGACCCAGUCGUGCACGAUGCUGUGGCGGGUCGAUUAGGCGACGUCCCGAUUCAGUAUUCGGGACGGUUUAAGGAGAACGUCACGUGUCGGGUUUGGUUGAAGGAGGCGCUGUAUGCGCUGGAUGAUGAGGGGUAUGUGGAGCUGGGGAGGUCGGUGAAUGAGAUCGAUACGGAGGCGACGCAUCUGGCGAUGAUUAAUAAGAGUAAGAGGGUGAGGAGUGUGGUUACGAGUAGGGGGUGUGUGGUGUGAUAUGUGGCUGGUUUUCGCGCGAUUGGUGGAAGUUUUAUGCUGGGGCGUAUAAUUCGGAAGAUGAGGUCUGCCGUGGAAUGCUGAAACUUAUAGAUGAUACUCAGUUGAAGGGGAUAUCCGAGGAGGUCGACACUGUAUAUCCCAUCUGACAGGCACUGAAUGUUUGGCAUUAUUGUCGCAUUCUAGUCUUUGAGGAAUGCCUCUCCAGAUCGGCGCCGAGAGUGUUGGAACUUAGGAUGCCAGCCAUUCCAUGAAGGCAAUGGACCACAGUAUAGAGUUAGCUUAUAUACAUCGAAUGUUUAACGCCAGUGAUGCCAGGCUGU